UCUUGCUCUUGCUCCUUUGCCUGCUUGCUGCGUGAGACUGAGUAACUGCUAGAUCCUUGGACUUCCAUUCACAGCUGCGACUGAACAAUUGUUGGGAAUUGAGCUGCCGACUCCUAGGACUGAAGAACAAUCCUGAGAACAAUGGGAAAAGAGGCCACUGCUCAUCUCACCCACUCUGGCAACUGAGGCAGGUGGGUCACAAGUUAGGCCAGCUAGGACCCUCAACAGCAGAUCUUGAUAAGAUCCUGAAAGAAGUUAAAAUCAAAACUACAAAGUGGGUGACAGCUCAGACUUGGUGGGCUGAGUGAGGACCCCUCUACCGGAAUCCCUAAGGAUGGGCUUCCAGGAUCUCCCCACACUCCAACAGCUGGCGAUCCAGGGGCUGGCGAGUAAUGAAGACACGGCUGUCUCUGCUCUGAAGGACCUGCCCAAAGUCUUCUUCCCCCUACUGUUCAAGAAUGCCUUCAUUAAAAGACACGUAAAACUUGUGAAGCACAUGGUAGCAAAUUGGCCCUACCCAAACCUCUAUAUUGGCCCCCUGAUGGAUUAUUACCAUGUUGAUACCUUCCAGGCUGUGUUGGAUGCAGUGGAUUGGCUGAGUAGCCAGAAGGUUCGGCCUAAGAGGUGUAGACUGAAAGAGCUCAAUUUGGUGGAUGUCAACUGUGACUUCCUGGAAAUAUGGACUCCAACACGGGAUCUUCUCCGAGUUCCACCAACACAAUCAGAGGAGAAAGAGGAGGAAGAUCACACAACAGAGAUGGUGCAACCAAUAAGUGUUCAUGCUGACUAUGUCUUCCUGUACCCCAUUCUCAAACAGGACCAUGAGCACUUCUUUCGGUGGGUCAGGCAGAGAUUAGAUAUAAUGCCCUUCGCUUCUUAUAAGUUAGUACCAAAAAAGAAAAAGUUGAGACAGGACAAGAUGCAGGAACCCUUGGGGUAGCAUGGGAUCUGUCGUUACAUUCAGGUGGUUUUAAGCCACCUGGCAUGGGGGCUCUGAAAAAGCAGUCUCUACUCUCUUAACCCUUUAGGCAUCUCUCUAGCCUCAAAAUAAUCAUGUUGUGCCGUGGGCUGGCUUAGAUCUCACUAUGUAGACGACCUCCCUCAGCUUCUGCCUGUGGCGCAUUGAAAGGAAAGCAGAGCACAGCCAUGACUGACUAUGUGCUUUUCUUCUUGAUGGUUUUGUAUGUCUGCCAAGGCUUGACUCAGACAUGACAACAGUGUUUCUGUCUCUUGGGUAUUUUUUUGGUUUGGUUUGGUUUGGUUUGGUUUGGUUUUUUUUUUUUUUUUUGGUUUUUCGAGACAGGGUUUCUCUGUAUAGGUAUAGCCUUGGCUGUCUUGGAACUCACUCUGUAGACCAGGCUGGCCUUGAACUCAGAAAUUCGUCUGCCUCUGGCUCCCAAGUGCUGGGAUUAAAGAUGUGCGCCACCAUACCUGGCUGGGUUUUUUUGUUUUGUUUUUUAUUGAUUACUUUAUUUACACUUCAAAUGUUAUCCUCCUUCCCAUUUUCCCUUCUGCAAACCCUCUGUUCCAUGUCCCCUUCCCCUGCUUCUAUGAGGGAGCUUCCCCCAUCUACCUACCUACUCCCACUUCACUAUUAUAGCAUUCCCCUAUGUUGGGGCAUAAAGUCUCCACAGGACAAAGGACUUCCCCUCCCAUUGAUGCCAGAUAAGGCAAUCCUCUGCUACAAAAGCAGCUAGAGUCAUGGGUCCCUCCAUUUGUACACUAUCAUUGAUGGUUUAGUCCCUAGGAGCUCUGGGGACUCUGGUUGGUUGAUAUUGUUGUUCUUCCUAUGGGGUUGCAAACUCCUUCAGUCCUUCCCCUAACUCCUCCAUUGGGGUCCCCAUGCUCAGUCUGAGGCUUGGCUGUGAGCAUCCACAUCUAUAUUGGUCGGGCUCUGGUAGAGCCUCUCAGGGGGCAGCCAUGCCAGGCUCCUGUCAGCAAGUGCUUCUUGGCAUCAGCAAUAGUGUCUGGGUUUGCUGUCUGCAAGUGGAAUGGAUCCCAAGGUGGGCCAGUGUCUUGAUGGCCUUUCCUUUGGUUUCUGCUCCACUCUAUUCCCUGCACACCAUGUUUUCUGUAUUCAUUCCUCUGUUGAGGGGCAUCUGGCUCUUCCCAGCUUCUGCCUCUGGAUGACUGAAAUUAAAUGGUGCACAACCUUCC